UUUUAUUUUGCAUAGGAAAGCAAACGUGUAAAAAUAAUAGCUGUGGUAUUGACUCAGACGUUUAGAACAGAUGCGGAAUUUUAAGUUGGUUGAAUGACACAGAAAUAUUUACAAACGCACAAAUGGUACGUAUAGUUUUUCUUCAUCCCGAUUUGGGGAUAGGCGGCGCGGAACGAUUGGUUGUGGAUGCAGCGCUCGCAUUGAAAUCGCGAGGACAUGAAGUCAGUUUCUUGACAAAUCAUCAUGAUCCAUCGCACUGUUUUAAGGAAACUUCAGACGGCACUUUCCAGGUGAAAGUAGUUGGUGAUUGGUUGCCACGCAAGAUUUUCGGCCGAUUUUAUGCCCUUUGCGCGUACUUACGUAUGAUGUAUGCUGCAUUAUAUGCAUCUCUCGUGUUGUCGCGCCAGGAACAUUUAGAUGUUUUCUUCUGUGAUCAAAUUUCUGUUGGUGUACCUAUAUUGAAACUUGCUAAGAGACGACCAAAAAUUAUUUUCUACUGUCAUUUUCCCGACCAGUUACUGAGUAUUCGAGAAGGGUAUAUUAAAAGUGUUUACAGAGCACCAUUAAAUUAUUUGGAAGAAUUUACUGUUGGUAUGGCCGAUGUGACUUUAGUCAACUCAAAGUUUACCUUACGUGUUUUCGGUGACACAUUCCGUCGCCUAGAUGGAGUACCCGACGUAUUAUAUCCAUCUUUGAACACUAAAAAUUUCGAUACAAUGCAAGCCAAAAUUGCACAGAAGGAAAGUAUUGAGUUCGGAGUUCAUGGUUGUGAAAAUAUACCACGAAAUGCGUUUGUAUUUCUUGAUAUUAAUCGAUAUGAACGAAAAAAGAACCAUGCAUUAGCUUUGCACGCAUUUCGUUUGCUGAUCGAUGCGUUGCCCAUUUCGGAAUCGAGACGUUGCCGGUUAAUAAUCGCUGGCGGAUACGAUAACCGCAUUGUAGAAAAUGUAGAGCACUACGAAGAACUCCAUCAGCUGGUGAACAAGCUUGAACUGAGGGAAAACGUGUUAUUGCUACGUUCCCCGAAUGACGAUGAAAAAUUUGUACUGCUUUAUAAAGCUCAUUGUCUACUUUAUACCCCUGAUAACGAGCAUUUCGGUAUAGUGCCACUCGAAGGUAUGUAUAUGUCAAAACCAGUGAUUGCAUUAAAUAGUGGUGGACCGACGGAGACAAUUGUAAACAACUCAACGGGAUUUUUAUGUGAGCAACAACCGACAAAAUUUGCAGAUGCAAUGCUACAGCUAUAUAAGGAUGAUGCAUUGCGUGAACGAAUGGGUGUGAUGGGGCACAAGCGGGUACAGCAAAAAUUUUCUUUCGAAGCUUUUACCGAUAAACUCAACAAUAUUGUGGAAAGCGUAAUGAAACCGGCAUGGACAAAGGAAAAUAAUAUGAAAAAGGAGACAUAAGUAAUAAAGAGAUUGCAAUGUAUCAGCACGAAUUAUUUAUAACGCCAUGAAUAAUUUAUAAUAAGAUUUUCGCGAAUGCUUUAUAAAUAAUGCCAGAAAGUCAUUCGUAAAUUUACUCGAUUGAAAUUUUAUUCUUCACGGCAUAAUUUAAUUGCGACGAUAAGCUAUAUUUCUUGAAGUAUUAAAAUUUUUCAGUUCUUUGCAUUUAAAACUAGGUGUUAUACUUUAAGAAUUCAAUAUUGAAAUAAAGGCAAGUUCAUUUGAAAUGCGCAUAUUUUAA